CCAUCUCCCUCUCUCGCCCCCCUUGCUCUUCGAUUUCACUGUUGCUACGCUCUUCGAUUCCACCGUUUCCUUGUCGAAUUUGCUGCUUCUUUAUACCGAUACCCAGUUCCGGGUACGGGGGAUCGGUCUCGCGCUUUCGCUGCCCUCACUAGUGCCCUAGAUUUGAUUCCGCUUGGCUUUCUCGUUGCCCAGUUUGGUACUGUCAUUCUUCUUCCGGCGGGAUCGGAGAUGUCGAGGUUCCACGUGGGCGGCAAGGCUGUGGAAAAUGUCGACUUGUUGAGGAGGAAACUCUGGACUUGGCGUCUGGAUGUUUGGCCCUCUGCCGUUCUGUACGCCCUCUGGGUGACCGCGGUCGUCCCUAGCUUAGACUUUGCGGAUGCUGCCAUCGUGCUCGGCGGCCUUGUUGGUCUUCACAUUCUGGUCUUGCUCUUCACGGGCUGGUCGGUGGAUUUCAAAUGCUUCGUUCAAUAUAGCAGGGUACACGAUAUACAUCAUGCUGAUGCGUGCAAAAUAACUCCGGCAAAGUUUUCCGGCUCUAAGGAAGUUGUGCCACUUCAUUUUCGGAAACUAGCAGGUUCAUCAUCUUCGGACGUGGAGGAAAUUUAUUUUGAUUUUAGGAAGCAGAGAUUCAUAUUCUCUAAAGAAAAUAAAACUUUUUGCAAGCUUCCUUACCCGACCAAGGAAACAUUUGGCUACUAUCUGAAAAACACUGGCCAUGGUACCGAUGCCAAAGUUGCUGCAGCCACAGACAAAUGGGGACGUAAUGUAUUUGAUUAUCCGCAACCUACAUUUCAGAAAUUAAUGAAAGAGAACUGCAUGGAACCAUUUUUUGUGUUUCAGGUUUUCUGCGUAGGGCUCUGGUGUUUGGAUGAAUACUGGUACUACAGUUUGUUCACCCUGUUCAUGCUGUUCAUGUUUGAGUCUACAAUGGCAAAAAGUCGGUUAAAAACUUUGACUGAGCUAAGGCGUGUUAGAGUUGAUGGCCAGACCUUAAUGGUGCAUCGGGGUGGCAAGUGGGUGAAACUACCAGGGACUGACCUUUUGCCUGGUGAUAUCGUCUCAAUUGGGCGCUCUUCUGGCCUGAAUGGAGAAGACAAGUCUGUUCCAGCAGACAUGCUUAUAUUGGCUGGUACUGCUAUUGUGAAUGAGGCGAUUCUUACAGGCGAGUCUACUCCUCAAUGGAAGGUCUCUGUAGCGGGUAGGGGUUUUGAGGAGAAGUUGUCUGUGAAGCGAGAUAAAAGCCAUGUCUUGUUCGGUGGGACUAAGAUACUGCAACAUACUCCUGAUAAGACUUUUCCUCUGAGAACUCCAGAUGGCGGUUGCCCAGCCGUUGUUCUGAGGACAGGCUUUGAAACAAGUCAGGGAAAGCUGAUGCGAACAAUUUUAUUUUCCACAGAGAGGGUCACUGCGAACAGCUGGGAGAGUGGGUUGUUCAUAUGUUUCUUAGUAAUAUUUGCAGUAAUAGCUGCUGGUUAUGUACUUAAGAAGGGAUUGGAGGAUCCCACCAGGAGCAAGUAUAAGCUUCUCCUUAGUUGUUCACUCAUUAUUACUUCUGUUAUCCCUCCUGAAUUGCCAAUGGAGUUGUCGAUAGCUGUUAAUACAUCGCUGAUUGCACUGGCACGUCGCGGGAUAUAUUGUACUGAACCAUUUCGGAUUCCAUUUGCUGGGAAGGUUGAUAUAUGCUGUUUUGAUAAGACCGGAACACUUACAUCGGAUGACAUGGAGUUUUGUGGAGUGGGUGGAUUGUCUGGAAGAACAGAUUUGGAAUCUGAUAUGUCAAAAGUGCCAGUUCGUGCCCUGGAAAUUUUGGCUUCUUGUCAUGCAUUGGUGUUCGUGGACAACAGGCUGGUAGGAGAUCCUCUUGAGAAGGCUGCUCUUAAAGGAAUAGACUGGAGUUACAAAUCUGAUGAGAAGGCCAUGCCGAAGAAGGGAGGUGGUGAAGCUGUGCAGAUUGUUCAGAGACAUCACUUUGCCUCCCACUUAAAGCGUAUGGCAGUUGUUGUUCGUAUUCAAGAGGAAUUUUUUGCUUUUGUUAAGGGCGCACCAGAAACAAUUCAAGAUAGACUGGUUGACUUGCCACCAUAUUAUGUGGAGACUUACAAGAGAUACACACGUCAGGGUUCUCGUGUACUUGCCCUUGCUUACAAGGCACUUCCAGACAUGACAGUUAGCGAGGCUAGAAACUUGGAGAGAGAUAUGGUGGAAAGUGGUCUGACAUUUGCUGGUUUUGCCGUAUUCAACUGUCCUAUCAGAGCAGAUUCAGCCACGGUUUUGUCUGAGCUCAAAGCAUCAUCACAUGACUUGGCAAUGAUUACUGGUGACCAAGCUUUGACUGCUUGUCAUGUUGCGGGCCAAGUUCAUAUCAUCUCAAAACCUGUGUUGAUCCUAACUCCUGCUAGGAGCACCACGGGCUAUGAGUGGAUUUCACCUGAUGAGAUGGACACACAUCGUUACAGUGAGAAAGAAGUUGAAGCUUUGUCAGACACCCAUGAUCUUUGUAUUGGAGGUGACUGCAUCGAAAUGUUACAACGCACAAAUGCUAUUCUUCAUGUCAUCCCCUAUGUUAAGGUUUUUGCAAGAGUUGCUCCUCAGCAAAAAGAACUCAUCAUGACCACAUUCAAAUCAGUGGGAAGGAUGACAUUGAUGUGCGGAGAUGGAACAAAUGAUGUUGGGGCUUUGAAGCAGGCCCACGUGGGAGUUGCUUUAUUGAAUGCGGUUCCUCCGCAGCAAAGUGGAAGUACUUCCAAAGAGUCUUCAAAAGAUGAAACUUCAAAAUCUUUGAAACCAAAGAAAUCCAAGCUUUCAUCUGAAUCAUCAGGAAAAAAUGUAAAUGUGAAUGGAGAAGGUUCAAAGAGUAAAGCUGUCACAAGGUCAGAAACGGCAGGUCAGCCAAUUGCUAAUCGUCAUGUGACGGCUGCUGAGGCACAACGACAGAAGCUAAAGAAGAUGAUGGAUGAGUUGAAUGAGGAUCCAGAUGGUCGCUCAGCUCCUGUUGUCAAGCUUGGCGACGCCUCAAUGGCAUCACCCUUUACAGCAAAGCAUGCGUCUGUUGCCCCCACCACUGACAUAAUUCGUCAGGGACGCAGCACCCUGGUCACCACGCUGCAAAUGUUUAAGAUACUUGGUCUGAACUGCCUAGCAACAGCAUAUGUGCUGAGUGUGAUGUACUUGGAUGGCGUCAAGCUCGGUGAUGUGCAGGCUACAAUCAGUGGGGUAUUUACUGCCGCCUUUUUCUUGUUCAUCUCACAUGCAAGGCCCCUCCCAACUCUUUCAGCCGAAAGACCUCACCCUAAUGUCUUCUGUUCCUAUGUCCUCCUCUCCCUCCUGGGUCAGUUUGCAAUCCAUCUGUUCUUCUUGAUUUCUUCUGUGAAGGAGGCCGAAAGGCACAUGCCUGAGGAAUGCAUUGAGCCAGAUUCCCAAUUUCAUCCCAAUCUGGUGAAUACAGUUUCUUACAUGGUGAACAUGAUGCUCCAGGUGGCGACCUUCGCCGUGAAUUACAUGGGACAUCCAUUCAACCAGAGCAUUUCUGAGAAUAAACCCUUCUUGUAUGCCCUUUUGGCUGCUGUUGGAUUCUUCACUGUCAUCACGUCUGAUAUAUUCAGGGACUUGAAUGACGGGUUAAAAUUGGUGCCUUUGCCACCUGGGAUGAGGGAUAAGUUAUUACUUUGGGCUCUCAUUAUGUUUUUGACCUGCUACUCGUGGGAGAGAUUGUUGAGGUGGGCUUUCCCCGGGAAGAUCCCCGCUUGGAGGAAACGGCAAAGGCAUGCCGCUGCUAAUAUAGACAAAAAGAAGCAGCUCUGAGGGAAAAGACCUUGCAAGCGUGGAAGGCAUGACCUACACCAGUCGCUUGGACAUAUAGAGUAGAUGGCACAGCUGAAAACACUGGAGAAGUUUGAUUGGCCUUAUGUGCCAGUUUUGUCGCCCACACACUCCCUAUAGUUUCUCUUGUAAUGUGGUACAGAACAUUUUUGGAUCUUUAAUGAUUUUUCCCAUCUAGGAUUUUCUCUUCCAAUUGUACCUCACUAAUCAACAGCCACGGAGAUGCACGAAAGAUCGCCCAAACACAAAGAGGAUAUGGGCUCUUUUCUUCU